AUGGACCAGGAGCUGUAUGAUGAGUUUGGGAACUACAUCGGUCCCGUCCUUGACGAGGAUCUCGGCGGUGGGAUCGACUCCGACGGGACCGCCGAUGACGCCGAGGCUGCAGAAACGGUAACGCGCCUCGGCCCCGCUGACGUCGUGGAAUACGAUGCCGGGACCGUGGAGGAGUCUCCAUUCAAGGAUGUGGAGGUCUUCAUCCAGCACGAAGACACCCAGACCAUCGAGGAGCCCAUUGUGAAAUCGCAGGAGACACGCGUCGAGCGUGUAAGCUACAUCAAGCGCCUGGACGAGGAUAUCAGCGCGAAGAGCUUCGACAUCCUCGAGGAAAGGCUGCCGAGGAACCGGUUCAGCUUCGGCUUCAUGACCACGUUGAUGCGCCAGCCGCAGUUCAUACGCAACAUAUGCAUCUGCGGCGAUCUACACCAUGGGAAGACUACGCUGGUGGACCGGCUCAUCAACUACAGCCGGUUCCCCGAUCCAGACGCUACAGAGGGGUUCGACCCCAGCUUCGUACGGUACACUGACACGCGCCUCGACGAGCAGGCACGCGAGAUGUCGAUCAAGGCCACGCCGAUCUCGCUGGUGUUCCAAAGCGAGACUGGAACGGCGAGGAACAGGGCUGUGAAACACAAAUCGUAUCUCUUCAACAUAUUUGACACGCCAGGCCAUGUGAACUUCAUAGACGAGUUCACGCACGCGCAGAGCGUAUGCGACGGCUGCGUGUUUGUCGUGGACGUGCUAGUGGGCCGCACUAGCACCCUCGAGCUGAUGCUCAAGAGCGCCAUCAAGAACGGCACCAGUUUCUGUGUUGUGCUCAAUUGCAUCGACCGGUUGGUGCUGGAGAUGAAGAUACCGCCGUCGGACGCGUACCUCAAGAUACGGCACACCAUCGCAGACCUCAACGAAUUCGUCAAGCAAACGUGUUCGCUGACUCAGAAAGAUCCAGUUGUGCUGAGUCCACUACGCGGCAAUGUGCUCUUUGCAUCGUCUAAAUACGGCAUCUUUUUUACACUGGAAUCGUUCUCGGCCAUUUACGCUCCCGACGCAGACCAUGUUCGCCUGGCGAAGGCGCUCUGGGGCGACACCUUCUACAACCCCGCCACGCAGGAGUUCACGCCGGAUGAGGUUGUCACGGCAGAACCUGAUGGAGAAAACGAAGGUGAGGUCCAACUGAAGCACUCAUUUGUGGCAUUUGUGCUGGAGCCGCUAUACAAGAUCUUCUCCCACGUGGCAUCAGACGAACGAGAGGAACUGACGCCGAUCCUGGAUCAGCUGGGUGUUUCUCUGCGCGCCAGCGAUUAUCGUAUGGACACUACGAAGAUUUUGCAGAAGGUUUUUGCUGCGCUCUUCAACGAUCCCAGCGGCUUCGUUAAUUUCGUCGUUGAGAACAUACCGCCGCCGACGGAAACGGGUGCACAAAAGCUCCAAACGCUCUACACUGGCGACCGUGGCACCGAAAUCUGUUCAGGUAUCGAACAAUGUGAUGCGGAUGCGCAAUUGAUGAUAUUCGUUGCCAAGAACUACUACCGCCUCGACACCAAUGCCUUUGACGUGUUCGGCAGAGUAUUGUCGGGGACCAUAACCAAGGGCCAGCGUAUAAAGAUCUUGGGAGAGGGAUAUACCCUAGACGAUGACGAAGAUAUGCAGGUGCGCAAUGUUGGAUCCCUGUGGAUUGCGGAAGGCCGUUAUCGCGUUGAGGUGAACUCCGUGUCUGCGGGCAACUGGGUCCUCAUAUCGGGUAUAGACCUCUGCUCCCACAAAACGAUGACUAUCACGUCGACUGAGGACCCUUAUGGCGCCGAAAUAUGCCGCAUACGGUCGAGCAUACUCGCUUCUGAGCCCGUCUUUAAGGUUGCCAUCGAGCCCCUCAACCCUUCGGAAUUGCCGCGCAUGGUGGAGGGGCUGCGUAGGAUUGACCGCAGCUACCCCGCCAUAAAGACGCGUGUCGAGGAAAGUGGCGAACACGUAGUGCUGGGCACGGGAGAGUUGUACCUUGAUUGCGCGCUGCAUGAUCUGAGGAGGCUCUACGGUGACCUAGAGGUGAAAGUGUCGGAUCCCGUGGUCCGAUUCACUGAAACCAUCAUGGAACAAUCGGCAACCAAGUGCUUCGCGGAAACGCAGAACCAGAUGAACAAGCUGUGUUUCAUUGCGGAGCCGCUGGAGCAGGGCAUCGCUUCGGCCAUUGAUGAGGGCCUCAUCAGCCCCGAGUUGCCUGACAGCGAGAUGGCCGCUCUAUUUAUGGAGCACUAUAAUUGGGAUAUACUUGCAGCGCGUUCCAUUUGGUGCUUUGGCCCCGACAAUGUCGGACCCAACAUUCUACUGGAUGACGUCUUGCCAAGCGACCCCGCGAAGGCCGCUGUGGGCACUGUGCGCUCUGCCCUUAUGCAGGGCUUUAACUGGGCCUGUAAAGAAGGGCCGUUGGUGGAAGAGCCCUUUCGCAAUACCAAGUUUAAGCUGAUAGGUGCCGAAAUCGCAACAGACGCACCUAUGCGCAGCGCCGGGCAGAUAAUCCCGGCAACCAGACGUGCUGUGUACGGAGCGUUCCUGCUAUCCACACCGCGUCUCAUGGAGCCCAUCGUUUUUUCUGAGAUCAUCUGCCCUGCGGACUGCGUUGCUUCGGCCUACUCGAUUCUGUCGCGACGUCGUGGCCACGUGCUGAAGGACGUGCCGAAGCCUGGGACGCCAUUCUACGAAGUUCACGCAUAUCUCCCUGCGAUAGAAUCGUUCGGAUUCGAGACUGAUCUGCGCGUCCAUACGCACGGUCAGGCGUUUGGCAUAACAUUCUUCGACCACUGGAACAUUGUGCCGGGCGACCCGCUAGACAAGUCUAUCAUGCUGAAGACACUAGAACCAGCUCCAAUUCCGCACCUGGCACGCGAGUUUAUGCUCAAGACGCGCCGGCGCAAGGGGCUGGCGGAAGACAUAUCCAUCAACAAGUACUUCGACGCCACUAUGCUCCAGGCACUAGGGGACGAACUAGAACAGUUCUACUGA